AUUUUAGACUCGCAACCAAACAAUCUCUCUACUUAUUGGGGUUUUCCUUAAGACAAUGACAAUUAUACCCUCUUCAUCAAUCAUCAUCAAUUUUCGUCUUCCCGUUUCUUCUUUGUUUGAAUUUCCCCCAAAUUGGGAAUCCAAAACCCUAGAAAUCUCCAUGAGAGAAUUCUUCUCCAUCUGAAUCCAAAUGUCAAAGCUAAUGACCAGAACCAGCGGAUCAUCAAGCCCCAACACGAUUCCAGACCAAAUCGAAUCACCAACAAGCUCAAGAUCGGUGACGCAGACGACAAACGGAUCGCACCAAUUCGUGAUACAAGGAUACAGUUUAGCUAAAGGAAUUGGUGUAGGGAAACACAUAGCAAGUGAUAAUUUCUCCGUAGGAGGUUAUCAAUGGACUAUCUUCGUCUACCCUGACGGUAAAAAUCCAGAGGAUAACUCUUCUUACGUCUCUGUGUUCAUCGUUUUGGCUAGUGAAUGUACUGAAGUUAGAGCGCUUUUUGAGCUUUCUCUUGUUGAUCAAAGUGGUAAAGGGAAGCAUAAGGUUCAUAGCCAUUUUAAUCGUUCACUUGAUGGUGGUCCUUAUACGCUUAAGUACAGAGGAAGUAUGUGGGGAUACAAGCGUUUCUUCAGACGGUCCUUGCUUGAGACAUCUGACUAUCUUAAAGACGAUUGCUUGAAAAUUAAUUGUACAGUUGGAGUUGUCGUUUCAGAAAUGCAUUGCCCACGGUUACUCUCGAUUCAUGUCCCAGACUCAGAACUUGGAUCACAUUUUGGAAAGUUGCUGGAUACUUUACAAGGCUCGGAUGUCACAUUUGACGUUGCCGGUGAGAAGUUUCAAGCUCAUAAAUUGGUUUUGGCUGCACGAUCUCAGUUUUUCAGAUCAAUGUUUUACAAUACUCUAGCAGAGAACAACAGCGACGUAGUGAUCAGCGAUUUGGAACCUAAGGUUUUCAAGGCCUUGUUACACUUCAUGUAUAAAGAUUCCCUCCCAGGAGAUGUGGAACCAUUAACGGCUCAUUCAUUUGACCUAUUAAGGCCGUCCGAAAUAGAUGAUACACUGAUUGUAAAGCUUCUGGCAGCUGCGGAAAUGUACAAUCUGAGUAGGCUCAGAUUAUUGUGUGAAUCUCACAUCUGCAAAGGCAUAUCUAUCAGCUCCGUGUCCAAGAUCUUAGCUUUAUCCGACAAAUAUAAUGCAUCCGAACUAAAAAGCGUUUCCUUAAAAUUCACUGCAGAAAACCUAGCAGGUACGAUCAAGAUCCAGUUUAUGAGAUCACGUUGAUAGAUAAUCUUCUUCAAGUUUGAUUUUUUUACUGUCUUGGAAAUUAUAGCUGUUCUGCAGACAAAAGCAUAUGAAGAUCUGAAGGAUGACUGUCCAAACCUCCAGUCUGAGCUACUAAAGGCGGUCGCUGGUUAUGACGACACAAGUAGCAGCGGAGGAGGAAAGUCUCAGAGUGUUUGGGCUCAACUCUCUAACGGUGGUGAGACCAGUAGCCGAAGGGUCAGGCAGCGAACCACUUAGAAGUGCUUCUUCACAUGUUGUUAACAAACUACUUUUGCUUACCACUCGUAAACAGAUUAACCGGUUUAUCUAGUAUGUACCGAAUGAAAGGGAAGCGGAGCCAGAAAUCUUGUACCACAAGAGAAGAGCUAUGCGGCUGUGCACUAGUGAUUAACCGGUGCUUAACCGGUGCUUCACCUUUCAGUUCCUUCACGUCUCUGUGGAUUUUUGUUGUUGAGUCUUUUUUUCAAAUUCUUUUCCCAGCUUCAAAUUACUAGAAACUUAUGAUGAUAUAAUAGAAAGAGUUAACUAUAUUCCUGUAUGGAAGUUAUAAUCUUGCAACUUGUAACACAGAAUCCUAGGUUACAUUUUUAGAAUGCCUUUACAUGAUACAUUAAUGAUAUUUUUUU